AAACCCUUUAAACCCUAAUCCUUCUAUCCAUUCCCCUCUCUGCUCUCACCCCGCCUCCAUGCUCAUCUGAGGAAUCCCAUACACGCCCAUCUGCCAUGGCCUCCUCCAAGCUCCUAACCAUGGCCAUGAGCGCCUCCUUCCGGCGCUUCUACCGCCUCGCCUCCUCCCCCCUCCUGCCCCCGGCCUCCCGCCGCCUCCCGCCGCCAUUCCUCUCCGCACGCUUCUGCUCCGCCGCCGCCGCCGCCACCGCCGACACCAAAACCGCCCCCGAAGCGCUGGAUGUCGCCUACUCCGCCGUCGCCGCCGUAUCCACGGGCCACCCGUGGCCGGAGUGGGGCGACUUCCUCGAGAAGCUCCGGGCCAAGGGGUACUUCGAGCGGCCCCCUCCCCCCGGCUCUGAUGCUGCCAAGGGCGCCGCCGGAGAUGGAGAGGUGGCCACGGCCGACGCUUACGUCGUAAGGGACCAGAACAGGGUGAAGAACGCGUGCCUCAAGUUCGCGCGCGAGCGCUUUGAUCUCCUCAGCUCUCUUCCAAAGCAGGAUAUUCAAGCUAUUGUUGAGUGUGGAUGUCCCAAUAUCUUCCGAAAGGCUGUCUGUUCUGCAAAAAGGCUGAGAGAAUUUGUGCAGGUUGACGAAAGCGAUGCAUGCAGCGUUUGCAAAUUACGUGGAUCUUGUGAUAAAGCCUAUGUCAUUCCAAAUGCUGAGGAAGCUGCUCGGACCGUUGAUGUUGUGCGCGUACUCCUAACUUAUGCAAUAGAUCCGACCAGCCUUUCAGGAGAAAAUCCUGUUGCCGGGGGUGUGCAAGAAUCUGCAAGAAAGCUUCUCUCGGAUCUUACAAUGCUUUGUGACACGACAAUUGAUCCUUCUCUUCCUGAACCUGUAUUUCAAACUUCUAGCAAGAAGGAGUCAUCGACCAAGGUUGGCAGGGGCACACAAUCACAUGCAAAGUCUAGGGUAUCAGCUGGAAAUGGUAGAGAAACAGCUGUGACUGAAAUGAAGAAGGGUGAUUGGCUGUGCCCAAACUGCAACUUCUUAAAUUUUGCUCGGAAUCGACAAUGUCUCGAAUGCAAAGAAGCUGGACCAAAGAAGAUUGAAGCAGACACCACUGAAAUGAAAAUGGGAGAUUGGAUCUGUCCACAGUGCAACUUUAUGAACUUCUCUCGCAACAAGAUGUGUUUUAAAUGUGAAGGGCAUCGGCCAAAGAGGCAGCUCAACCCUGGAGAGUGGGAAUGCCCCUCAUGUGACUUUGUGAACUUCCGUCGCAACCAGGAGUGCAAGAAGUGCAGCCACGACCGCCCUGAAGAUGAUACCCAGGAUAGUAAGCUUGGGUAUGAUGUAUGGAGAAACACCAAGGGAGCUGACAGUGGCAGAAGUUUCGACGCUCAUGAAGAUGACGAUGGCGACGAAGAGGUGAUGCGAACAGAGCGCAAGCAUGUACCGAGUAGAAGGGCGCCACCGGCCCAGAGGGGGUACGCUGGCAAUAGCAGGAAGGGUGAUGAUGGAGACGACGCCUUGCCAUAUGAAAGGGAGCGCAGGCAUGUAUCAAGCAGAAGGGAGGCACCAGCCCGUAAGGGAUUGAGGAAAGAUGACGAUGAUGUCGAAUUCGAUGUCUUGCCAUUCGACGGGGAGCGCAAGCAUGUAUCAAGCAGAAGGGCUGGACCAGCUCGGAGGGAAUUCAGAGAGGAUGAUGGCAGCGAAGACGAUGUCUUGCCAUACGAAGGGGAGCGUAAGCAUGUAGCGAGCAAGAGGGCGAGUCCAUCUCCAAGGAGAUUCACUGCUUCUAGAGGCCGUUGAUAAUAUGUGAUAGCUAUACAGCUUUGAUUUUUUUUUUUGAUUGCAGAUACUGUAUUGCGUAAAUUUUAGGUGAUUGACGAAAAUAACAGCGUUUGGGAAAUGUAGGGACAAAAUAUUUGGCAUCCUCAUAUAUUCUGCUGAUGUAUGAGAAAAACGAGAUCAAAUGCAACUGUUUUUUUUUUU